AUGAAUGGCAGCCUUCAGAUCUAUCCACCUGUUGGAGUGCAGCCAACUGACUCGUGCCCGGACGCGCCUUGGAAGAAAUGGAAGUUGCUUCACACAUCGCCACCCGAUUACGACCCUCUGCAUUGGAGCAAGACGCAGUGGCAAAAAUACAUUGUGAACUACCCCCUUCGCUCCGCCGGUCUAUCCCUGGCUUUCUUCCUGAUUGGACUUGGCGCUUUGUUGCUGGCCCUUACAUGGCGCCUCGUCCAGUGGUGUGUCAGUUGCGGUCACUGCCAGCGGAGCUGUGGGGCCAGCACAGACGACACGCGCUUCCUGGGUGACACGAAACACAGAUACCUUAAGGCCUGGACCUACCUUCUUAUUGCUGGCGCGCUGAGCAUGGUUGUCUGGGGCAUGUUGGCCAUGGACCGCAGCCUGGUGGCCGAUCUGUGGGAUGACUUCAACGGCGGCAUGAAGUACGGAAACUCCGUCAGCAAGAACUUGGAGCUUCUCAAGCUUCAUUCGUGUGUGGUUCGUCUUUCCCUCCCUCCUUCCUGUGCGCGCUUCCUUCAGGGCAAUCUAAUGGUGACGAUACCCGAUUCGCUACGCAAGACGGAGCAGGUGGUGACGGACCUCGUGGGUGCUGACAGACUGGGUGUCUUGGUGCAGACCAGCUUUAACUUCAGUGAUAACACGGUGGCUACGAUGGGAAGCUUACGCACUGAUGCGGGUACCUUCUACGCGGCUCUCAACGGCAAGCUGCUGCCCGGACUUGCCGUACUGAGCCGCCAGCUGGGGGGAGGAACCACCGAAGAGGCGGCACAGGACGGGGGAGGAGGAGGAGCUGCGGGACACAGGCGCCGGCUGGCGCAGUCAACGACCACCACAUCGUCGUCGUACGGCACCUUGUACGGCGCGUUGCCGGCGCUGAACUCCUCUCUUCCCGUUAUCCUCACCGCGAACAGCAUGCGGGCGACUAUUCUGGGCCGGCUCCAGACCUUACAGUCCAAGUUGGCGGCCGUUGCUGCCGCUCCCUCCCUCUCCCCGGGCUCUACCGAGCUGCUGGAGCUGUCAGCCGCCAUGGACCAGAGCCCCCUCUCGCAGUGGGACACACAGCUGGCGCAAAUUAACACCGCGUUUCAGGUAUACGCGGCCGCGCGCACCGGUGCCGCAUUCAAGGACGCCAAGAAGGCCGCUGAUGACGUCGUUGCGGGCGCCUCCUUCCUCACGGCCACGGCAGUGACCCAGCUUCACAACCGGGUAACGGUGGCGGCCCAGCAGCUUAAUCGUGACACUGCCUUUGACGGUGUCAAGGCCCUCCGUGAAGCGCUGGUCAACAUCAGUCAGGAGCUGAUGGACGUGAGCAGCUGGGCGGUAAAUGCGGACAACGGCACAAAGAUAUCGAUUGUGUACGUGAGCAACUUUUUGGUGGGAGCUUUGAACGACUACAUCGCCGGAGAUACGAGCAACGGCCUGGGAGCCACCCUUGGCGAUGAUGGGCUUGAGAGCGGCAGCAGCAGCGGCGGCAGCGGGCUGCUUGCUUUGGGCGACAAGAGCGGGGUCGUCACCAACGUCACGGCUUUCCUGCAGGCUGUGAGCAACGUUAGAGCCAUCGCCGCCAGCCUCAACAACUCCGCAGCCGCCAUGUCCGGCGCCGCCGCCACCGCCGCCAACACCGCCGCAGCCGGCCCUGACCCAGCCGCCAGCGUUACCCAGGUCACCGCCGUCUUUCGACCAGCUCUGGCAGCCCUCAACAACCCGAUUGGCGCCGUCGCUACAGCUCUGAUGCUGUACGGCAACAACCCGAGAACCGCCAACGCGGCGGCGCUGCGUGCCGCCGCCAGCAACGCCGCCACCCUGGUCGGCGUCGCCGCCACCAGCUUUGCGGCACCCUUGGCGAAUGCCGCUGGCCUGGAGGCGGCAUCUCGGUCUUUGCAGUCGGCGUUGGAUCCGGUUCAGAUUCUGAGCUCGUCCAUUGAUAGUACGGCACAGAGCACGUACGACUCGCUGGUGAUGCUGGGCACGGAGAUUGGGCUGUACCAGGCGGGUCUGGAGGCGCUUUUAAGCCUCAUGUCGGAGCUGCCGGAUGGCGUGGCCGCAAAAACGGAGAUUACAACUCUAGCGUACGGCAUCCAAGACAAGGUAUCGGAGAUGUCUUCCGAUGUGCUGUCCGCCCUGGGCAGUGCGGCCACCGGUGUGCAGUCCGCCCUCGACGACCUGCAGCAGCUUGACUCGUUCGUGUCCGAUUUGCUGUCGCCGGGUAAUGACUUCAGCGAGGAGCAUCAGCAGAAGAGCAAGGACAUCAACGACAUCGCAUACCCGGCGGCUAUGGGCGCCUGGGGUUUAGGUGCGGCGCUGUUGUUGCUGCUGGCAGUUUCCAUACACCGAAACUGGCCCGCGGGUAUAGUCAUGUUCGGUUUGGCAUUGCUGGUGUACAUCACCCUCAGCCAGGUGAUUACUUCGGCGGGGGCCUUCGCCAUGGGGGCCUUGAGAGAUGGUUGUGAUAACGUGGAGCAGCUGGCGAUGACGGAGUUGGUGGAGCACUCCAACAAACCCAAAAUGGCGGUGAUGUUGUCGUUCUACUUGUUCAACGUGCCCCCUUCGCAAGAAGUCAUGAUGCAGGCUGCCUUCAAUCUGAAUGUGAGCAACACUCGGCUACAGUUGGCCGCUCUCAACCAGACUCUGAUGGAGCGGAUUGAGAGCAGCUACUCGCUGAGGGGAACGGCGGCCGAGCUGGUGAACACCCUGCACACCCAGGGCAGCAGCGCCAAGAGCAUGUUCGAGGGCAUCAUGAACAUGCUACGAUACGACGCCGUACAUGGGCGGUAUAAGAAUGCCAAGAGCACGGCUUGCUGCGACACGGGUAACUUUGGUUAUCAUGAGUGGUGCGCCAUCACGGCAAUGGCCGCGCUGUCCUUCGGGGCCCUCGUCUCCGCAGCCUACCUGCUCGCUAGGAUGGACGGUGUACGGCAGCGGAAGAGGGGCUGCUGCUCGUGCUGCAGUUGUGCCUGCUACAAGUCUCAUAGUCGUUACUCUGCGGACGAGGAGGAGGCGCAUCGCGAGGAUCAGUUCGUCAAGGAGGCCAAGAAGAUAAAGGAGCUGCAGCAGGGUCCCGGCCACCUUCCCCACCCGCACCCGCAACCCCAUCCCCACUAUUUCCCAGCAACCAACCAGCCUCUGGACAUGGGCGGCAGCAGCACCAGCAGCGGCAUGACCUCCGCUACCGGAGGUGUCGUACAUGGCGGCGGCGGGGUGGCCGCGAUGGGGAUCCCGGCGGUGGCGGCGCAACUGCCGGUUGGGUUUAUGACUGCUGCAGCUUCAAUCGCGUGUGGAGUUGCCGUCGCUGGCGCUGCGCUCAGGCCUCCUGCUCCUGACGUCUACGCGGCCCCCUCAGCGCCCCCCAUGACAUUCGGCAAGUAG